AUGCGUUUCUCAAUUCUGGCUCCAGCCUUUGCUGGGCUGAUUAGCAUUGCCCAGGCGACUUUGCCCAACCUUGCUAGCAAGAACACUCCUGCUACAUGCGAUCUCGCUAAAAGCUGGGCAAAUGAGGUUCUGUACAAAGGUAUUGCCGGCCCUAAGACCGAGACUACACCAGCUACCUCAUUAGACUUGAUCCUCAAGGAGGCUCAGGUGUCUGGUGAUGUGAGCCUGAAGGCUCUUGAUAAUUUCCUUGUUCAGCCGACUGUACGAUUAAACCUCGCCGGUAUCAAGGCCUACGUCGAGAUCGACCUUUCCGCUUCCGCGGCUGUCUUCCAGACAGUAGAACUUUUUGCCUCUGGGGAGGUUUCUGUUGACACCGAACUCCUUGAGCUCGACCUGGGUGCUGCAUUUGCACUCGAUCUCAUUGUUGGUGUCAGUGCUGCUAUUGACGUCUAUGCUGGGUUCUACAUCUCUUUCGGCGAAGGCGAUUACAUCGACAUCUCCGUCGCGAGCAAGGAGAUUAUUGAGACCAAGCUUGAUGGCCUGGUUUCCAAGGCCCUCCCUGUCUCCGUUGGUGCCGAGGUCGACCUAUCCGCUGCCAUCGAACUUGAACUUGGACUUCGUCUCCGAUCCCACAUCUCUGUUGGUGCUGAGGUUGAACUCCUUGACAUUGACCUGCUUGAAGCCGGGGCCGAGAUUUCCCUCUGGGCUGAUCUCUGCCACUACACUAUUGCCCUUGUUGAGACUGCUGAGUGUGCUCUUUCCGUCAGCAACGAAUUCAUCCUCAACCUGGGUCUCAGUGUCGGUGUCAACGUGGAAGCUCUCGAUAUUCUUGACAUCACAGCCGCUCCCAGUGUUACCAUUACGAUUGCUCGCGGGGAGAAAGGCACCGAAUGCCUUCCUGGACGCAUUUUCUCCAACCCAAGUACACCACCCAAGGUGACGGCUACUUUGAAGCUGGCCCAGCCCAUUACCAGCGGCGGAUUUGUAACCAGCGAGACGACUGUCACAAAGCAGUACACCAUCACCAGCUGCCACGCUUCUGUGCUGAACUGCCCUGCAUCCCAGACCCAGCAAAUUGUCACAGAGACCGUGGUCCCUACGAUCACUGUGUGCCCCAUCUCCCAGGGCGGCAAUACCAACAUCAGUACUACCACUUCCAACCCCAAGCCAGUUCGGACCAUCACCGAGACCCUGACCACCAUUGUGCCAUGCGAGCCUACCACAAGCACAUAUACUCCUCCCGCCACACCGGCAGAAAUCGUCAUGCCCACCGUUACCAUUACUGGUACCACAACUGUCUGCCCUGUUACGACUGGUGUUUCUCAGACGCAUGCUCCAACUGCUCCCGUCUCCCAGCCUGAUAACGGCGCCACCUCGGUUCCAGUUACCACUCCUAUUCACAGCGAGUCAGCUACUCCCUCAGUCACUCCCAUCAACCCAGCCAACACUGGAAACGAAGCUGCAGGCCCUACUGCUCCAGCUCCCUCGGUCAUCCACACUCCUGCUCCGAUCGUUUCAUCACCUCCUGCUGGAAACACACCCGCCCCCGGCGCCCCGGGUAUUCCAAACCCUAUUCCCGCUUACCCUCAACCUAACAACACCCUCACGAGCGUCGUCAUCGCCUCACCCUCUGGCUACCUCCCUACUGUGGUUACCCCCCCUGCUGGGAACCCAACCGCGGCUCCGUCCGGGCCAUCUCAAGCCGGUGCCGGCUCUGUCAAGGUUGGGCUCGCUCUGCUCGCGCCCGCUAUCGUUGCUUUGUUGGCUUAA